AAAUUGUGUGCCUGUCUGAAUGCAUUCCUCUCUUUCUAUUUUUCUUCGUCUCCCUCCCAAACUUCGGUUAUGUUCUGCCAUUAAUUCCUCCUUCAUUCCUUCCUCCAUUCCCUGCGGAGCAUCUUCAUUUUGCAUCUUCUUCCAUCGGAGACCAAAAUCCCGCCGCUGUUGAUGACGUCUCACGAGAAAGGUCGGCCACUGCCGAAAUUUGGGGAGUGGGACGUGAACAAUCCAGCCUCGGCUGAUGGAUUUUCGGUGAUUUUUGCCAAGGCCAGGGAUGAAAAGAAGGGUAAAACCUCGUCUGCGCCAGCAGCACCCUCAUCUACCUAUGAUGAGUCUCAGUCUCGCCAGUCCUAUGAGUAUCCUCGCCGCAAGAAAAAAUGGCUAUGCUGUUUCUGAAAAGCUGGAGGGGCAUGGAAUGGCACACAGCUCGGCACAUUGUAGAGUUCUAAAUGAGCCGGAACAUCAUCGGGUACUCGCAACUUUUAAUUUUAUUUAUUUUUCUGCUAAUGAAUUGACUGGUUUCAUCUACAUCUAUAUUUUGGGGGAAAUUAUUGUGAUGUGCAGCACUUGAUAUUUGUUUCAAUAAAAAUUCACAUGCUUUGUUUGAAGUAUAUAUUUUCU